ACAAAAAUUAAGGACCAGUCGAUACAAAUUAUUCUCCUUCUCCAGCAAGCUCUUCCCAUUCGACUUCUCCUUGACUCCUCAAAAUAUAAAAUUCCAGACGAAAUGACCAGAAAACGGAAGCGAGCUUAGCCCCCGAAACUCCAGGCAGAGAUGGACGAUUCCUUCGAGUCCGUUAUUGAAAAGCAGCUCAGCGAAAUUUCCGACGCCAAAACCUUACACUCUGAUAUCGACCUAGCUUUUAAUCUCCAAAUGGAAGAAGCCAUAACCGCCUCUCUUUCCCUCCAACCCUCCUCCUCUGCCUUCAACUCGCCGCUGAAAAUCGCCAGUUUCGUUUCCGUCACGAACAACGUCGACGAAGACGACGUGCUUCAUGAUUACACGGCUCUACUCUUGGAAGACAUUGAGAGGUUCGAUCAAGAACGCAGGGAUCGGGAAGCAUGCGAGAAUUUGAUGCGAGAAAUGAGAGAGGAUUUGGACCGUCGGAUUCAUGAUCAGAAUCUGGCUAACGAAAUAUUGAACAUCCCCGAUGACGAGUGGGAGAAUUACGGGGAUCACUAUCAUAGGCCGUACGGAGAUGACGGCGGCUCUAGCUCUUCUUUUCCGUUGAUUAACGAGUUAGCACUUGUGAAUAGUGAGAGUUUUAAGGUGUAUUGUAAAGGACUGAAGAGUAAAGAGCUGAUUAGGGAAAUGAAUGUUGUAGUAGGUGGGGUUGGUGUGGCGAUUUGUGAUUCGAGGGACAAUGUGAUUUUUGAGGUGAGUAAGGGUUUGGAGGAGGAUUCUUGUGGUAAAGGGAAAGAGGUGAGUAGUGAAGAGGCUGUUCAGAUUGAGGCUUUGAUUGAAGGGUUGAAUGCGGCUUUGAGUUUGGAUUUGAAAAACGUCACCUUCUUUUGUGAUGACUUUAUGGUAUAUCAAUAUGUGACAGGAAGAGUUCAACCAAUUCAAAAUAGAAUUUCAACCUUAGUCAAUCAGGUGUCUCUUCUUCAGAAAAAGUUUACAGAUUGUAAGCCAUCCCUUGUUGCACGUAAUGAUGUAAAGUUUGCCUUUAAACUGGCAAGAGAUGCUAUAGUUUCUCAGAUAACCUGGUCUACUGAAUCUGGCAAAGGCAAAAAGAGUUCGAAGGAGACUUGUGUAAUUUGCUUUGAGGAUACAGAUGUGGGUCAGAUGUUUUGUGUUGAUGGUUGUCUGCAUAGAUAUUGCUUUUCUUGUAUGAAACAACAUGUUGAAGUGAAGCUACUUAAUGGGAUGGAGGCUAGGUGUCCUCAUGAAGGCUGUAAAUCUGAAGUGAGUAUUGAUGCUUGUGAAAAAUUUCUAGAUCCAAAAUUAGUUGAGAUCAUGAUUCAAAGGAAAAAAGAAGCUUCUAUUGCAGUACCGGAGAAGGUGUAUUGUCCAUAUGUGAAAUGCUCAUCAUUAAUGUCAAAAAAUGAGGUCCUGGAAUACACCAAUGCUUUUGUUGUUGGUGCUGAAAAAUCUGGAGCUAGGAAAUGUGUGAAAUGCCAUUAUUUUUUCUGCAUCAACUGCAAGGUCCCAUGGCACAAUAAUUUGACUUGCUAUGAUUAUAAAAGAUCUAAACCUCCAUGUGCAGAAGAUGCAAUGCUCGAUUCCCUUGCCAAAAAGAAACUUUGGCGCCAAUGUGUGAACUGUAGCCAUAUGGUUGAACUUGCUGAAGGUUGCUACCACAUCACUUGCAGAUGUGGAUAUGAGUUCUGUUAUACUUGUGGAGCUCCAUGGAAGAAUAAGAAAGCAACUUGUGGCUGCCAAAUCUGGGAUGAGCGGAACAUUAUACGCAAUGGACAAAGGCAGUGAUCUACUGUUACGAUGCCUAUAAACUAAGAUUUAUGUGUAGCAGUCUAUCAACUCUUUUUUGCAUCUUGUUUUUUUUACCUUGGAAAUAGGACUGGAAGAACUUUUUGGUUUUUUGCAUAUGUUGCCAGCGAACUGGAUGAAACAAUGUAGAUAUACUUCACAAGGAUACCAUAUUCACAAAACUUUUUGUUCAAUUUUAGCAUUCGGCGCUUUUCUA